AUGUUAUUGGCUUUAUAUUUUGGUGCCAAACAAUCUGGUGUAGAGUUAUCCGAGAUUGGCGAUAAGCUAAAAGAUUUUGAUAUUAAAAAUUUCGAAUUGAAGAAUUUUGAUUCUUUUCAAAACUCGUUUCUGGAAUUUUUUGAUGACCUUAAAGAUAACUUUCCAACCCCGAUCUCUAGCAUUAUGCAAGAUAUCCAAGCUCAACCUGAAUCCAAAAAAGAUCAUGCAAUUGACGCAACAUUAGACUUUGCAAUUGGAAAAUACAUGAAAAGCUUGCACAACCUAACAAGUAGAAAUCCCGUCAUUAUGGUUCCUGGUGUUAUAAGUACCGGUUUGGAAUCCUGGGGACUUGAAGGCACUCCUGAAUGUCCAUCACAAAACCAUUUUAGAAAAAGACUAUGGGGCUCCUUUUAUAUGUUGAAAACAAUGUUUUUAGAUAAAGCUUGUUGGUUACAACACAUAAUGCUAGAUCAACAAACUGGGCUAGACCCUCCCUUUUACAAAAUUAGAGCUGCUCAAGGGUUUGAAGCAACUGAUUAUUUCGUUGCGGGCUAUUGGAUUUGGGGCAAAAUCCUAAAUAAUUUAGCUGCUAUUGGCUAUAACCCAAAUAACAUGAUCAAUGCUGCCUACGAUUGGAGAUUAUCCUACUUGGAUUUAGAAAGAAGAGACGGUUAUUUUUCAAAAUUAAAACACCAAAUCGAAUAUCAAAUGAAGACCAAUGGCCAUAAAUCUGUUUUAAUUGGUCACUCUAUGGGUUCUCAAGUCAUAUACUAUUUUAUGAAAUGGGUUGAGGCUUCUGGUCCUCAUUUUGGUAAUGGUGGUUCCAACUGGUGCAAUGAUCACAUUUCUUCUUAUAUUGAUAUAUCUGGUUCCGUCUUGGGGACCCCGAAGGCAAUUGUAGCCUUGUUGUCUGGUGAAAUGAAAGAUACUGUUCAGCUAAAUGCCUUGGCUGUUUAUGGUUUAGAAAAGUUUUUUUCGAGAAAGGAAAGAUUAAAAUUAUUAAGGUCUUUUGGUGGUAUUGCCUCAAUGAUUCCCAAAGGUGGCAACACAAUUUGGGGAAAUUUAUAUAGUGCUCCAGAUGACGAAUUUGGUAAUAGAACCUCAAAUGAUGACAGUUUUGGUAAAUUUAUUGGUUUCCAAAAACAAGUCGGUAAAUUCUCUGACAAAAAUUUAACAAUGGAAGAAAGUAUUGAUUUAUUAUUAGAUCAAUCUCCCGAGUGGUUUCAUAGAAGAACUUUAGAGCAUUACUCCUUUGGAAUCGAAUCAAAUAAAAAACAAUUAUUACUAAAUAAUAAAGAUUUUUCAAAAUGGAGUAAUCCCUUGGAAGCACCUUUGCCAUAUGCUCCAAAUAUGAAGGUUUAUUGCUUUUAUGGUGUUGGUAAUCCAACUGAAAGAGCAUAUACCUACAAAGAAGAACUACUGAAAACUCUGUCCACAUUGAAUUUAACCAUGGAGUCUAACGCAGAAAACGCGGUUAUCUUUAGUGAUGGUGAUGGAACAGUAUCGAUUUUGACUCACACAAUGUGUCAUAAAUGGAAAGAAGAAAAUUCUAUUUAUAAUCCCGGUAACAGUAAAGUGAAAAUUGUUGAAAUCUUGCAUCAACCCGAUAAAUAUGAUAUCAGAGGAGGAGCCAAAACAGCAGAACAUGUUGAUAUUUUGGGUUCAACUGACUUAAAUGAGUUGAUUUUAAAAGUUGUAUCAGGUAGAGAUGAUUUGAUUGAAGAAAACAUAAUCAGUAAAUUGCCUGAAUAUAUUAAAAAAAUGAAUUUUACCGUUUGA